CCAAUCCUAACAAAACAAUGCGCAUGAUUAUGUGUAUACGCAUUUACUGUAACCUAAAGAAGUUAGGUGAAAGAAGAGAUGAAAAAAUAAUACUAGUAUCAAACAGUUUAGUACUUUUACUUUUCCUAUGACAAAUAUUUUCUAUAAAAAAUACAUUUUAUACUAAGAUAAUUUUUCUUUAUUUUAGUGAGUAGUCUCAUUCAAUUUGUGGUAUAAUGUUUAUUCGUUGUUUCAUCUGUUUUUGACCUUUCCUUUAUUCUUCUGUAACUUUUUUGUCACUAUCUAAUUAUUUUAUAUGUCUCAUUAAUGCUUUGUUUCAGUGAAUAUCAGCUGCUUAGUCGUUUUUACUUCUGAUUUUUAAUAUAACAAGUUGUUCACCGAAGCAAACCCUUCAGAGUUCAGAUCAUUCAUGACAACAACAAAUUCGAUUCACAACCGUUCAAGAAGUGAUCCAGUCCUCAAAAAAUCUCUCAAAACCAACAAAUCAAGUGAAGCCACUCACAACAUCGAUAGAUUUCACAUGGAUCAAACGUUGCAGAGAGAGAUAGAACAGCUCAAAUCUCUUGUAAAAUGCAGAAAACUACAGCCCCAGGGAGUGUCAUGUGAUGAGAUUGAUUUGCUGCUUCAAGAAGAUGAACUUUUAGUACGGGGUGAGUUGGAGACAGUUCUCAGACGCAAACUGUUCUUGGAAGAUUGUAGAAACGAAGAUCCUUCUAUCCCCAAGGAAGCAAAGAAACUGGUGAGCGAAAUCGCAGGCUUGGAGCUGCAAGUGAUGUACUUAGAAAGAUAUCUUCUUUUGUUAUACCGAAGGUUCUUCAACAACAGAAUUACAAGUAACUUAGAACCAGAGGAGAAAGAGAUAUCAGAGGAUCUUCUUGUGUCUACUAAUCUCAUUGAGUCCCCAAAAACUGCGGUCUGCAGCCCGCAGAAAGUUCUAGAGGACUCUGGAAUAUUCCGCAGCCAUUCAUCGUUGUCUCAUUGUUCAGGCUAUUCCUUUAGAAUGUCUCCCCAAGCAAUGGACUCAUCAUACCAUCACUCUCUUCCUUUCUCAAUGCUUGAGCAAGCUGAUAUCAAUGUGAUGGUUGGGACAUAUGUUUCUGAAAAUGUUACCAAAUCACCAAACAGUUUGUCUGAAGAGAUGAUCAAGUGUAUCUCAGAAGUAUUUCGUAAACUUGGGAAUCAAGAAUCAUUGGAUGAUGAUCAAGAAUCUAGUAGUCCAUUUCGCAGAAAGGGGAAGCUGAAGGUUACUAGCCGGCCUUACGAUAAGUUACUAAUGGUGAAAUCUCUAUGUAGAGAUUCUGACAACUUAAAUGAAGUUGAACCUGCUUUAAAGCAUUUCAGGUCGCUUGUUAAUAAGUUAGAAGGAGUUAAUCCAAGGAAGUUGAAUCAUGAAGAGAAGCUAGCUUUCUGGAUCAACAUACACAACUCUUUGGUUAUGCAUUCGAUUCUUGUCUACGGGAACCCUAAAAACAGUAUGAAAAGAGUAUCUGGAUUGCUGAAGGCAGCAUAUAAUGUUGGAGGUCGAAGCUUGAACUUAGAUACAAUUGAGACUUCGAUUCUUCGUUGCCGUGUCUCUCGUCCAGGACAGGUGUUUAGGUUCUUGUUUGCUUCUAAACCAAAGGGUAAAGCUGGAGACUUGGGUAAAGAUUAUGCUAUAACUCACCCUGAGCCUCUUCUUCAUUUCGCGCUUUGCUCUGGGAACUUCUCAGAUCCAUCAGUCCGUAUAUAUACGCCGAAGAACGUAAUGAUGGAGCUAGAAUGCGGCAAAGAAGAGUAUGUAAGAUCAAACGUAGGAAUAUCCAAAGACAACAAGAUUCUUUUGCCGAAGCUGGUUGAGUUAUAUGCCAAGGACAUUGAACUUUGCCAUGUCGGCAUUCACGACAUGAUCGUGAACCAUCUGCCUUGUGAUGCAAGAAAUAAAAUCCACCAGUGUGUGAACAAGAAGCAUGGAAGAUUCACCAUCGAUUGGGUCGCACAUGAUUUCAGAUUCAGGUUGCUUCUUUGAGAAGAAAACAUCAGAUGGUGAACUGAGAGUUUUAUUUAUUUAUUUGAGAGUUGAAUUGAAAAACUUGUACUAUGCCAAUUUUUCCAGUUAUGGUUUUUCAUGAAGAUUGUUGAAUUUAAAAAAAAAAAGGAACUUGUAUUGUGGCAAUCUUUCCAGUUAUGGUUUCCCAUGAA